AUGAACCAUUCUGUCCAGGACACUGCCUCUCAGGGUGUGCAUGAAGAUGGAAAGCUCUAUGUUGUGGAUUCCAUAAAUGACUUAAACAAAUUAAACCUUUGUCCUGCCGGAUCCCAGCAGCUGUUCCCGCUGGAGGAGAAAACCCCAGACCUUGGCAUGAACUCUGGAAAUGGAAGCCGUAGUCUGUUUUUCAUGGGGUUGCUCAUUGUGCUGAUUGUCAGCCUGGCGCUGGUGUUCUUUGUGAUCUUUCUAAUAAUUCAAACUGGAACCAGGAUGGAUGAUGUGUCAAGAAGACUAACAGCAGAGGGAAAGGACAUAGAUGAUCUUAAGAAAAUCAACAACAUGAUCGUACAGCGACUUGACCAACUGGAUUCUGAGCAGAACUGA